UCCACUUAUAUACCUCUCUCUAAAAUUUCAGAUCAUCCGCCGCUGCUUAGCACAGGAUGGAAUCUCAAGUGAAGCAUGCCGUGGUGGUGAAAGUAAUGGGUCAGAUCAGAUCGAAAGGACAGGUGACUCAGGUGAGAGUCAAGUUUCUGGACAAUCAGAACCGGUUCAUCAUGAGGAAUGGCAAGAGACCUAUGAGGGAAGGCGAUAUCCUUACCUUACUCAAGUAUGAAAGAGAAGCAAGAAGAUUGCGUUAAUUGGCUACUAGUUGCUCCCCUCCUUCUCAAGUU